AUGGUCCUGCGUGCCACCAUCUGGCUCUUCGACCUGAAUCCGGUGCCUCCAGUCUUCGAUGUGGCACAGACCCAGGACAAAUCGGGCUCAACGGUUUCGGUCGGUACCACCACGGUGACGUGCACCGCCACCGAUGCUGGUGGGAGCACUGCCUCGGCAGAAUUUGACGUUAACGUCCGUGACCUCUGGGCUCCCAACAUCACGCUGGGCGAUGUUAUGAGGGAAACAGCCACAUCCCCUGGACUUUGCGAAGGCAUUGUGGUUUACGACGUAUCCGCAAUCGACAACUGUCCAGGCGAUGUCACAUUGUCCUGCGUGCCAGCGAAUGGCUCUUUGGUCCCAGUCGGUGACAACAGAGUUGACUGCACGGCGACCGAUGUUGCUGGACUGGCUCAAUCGGGGACAGGCUUCUGGGUUACAGUGAGGGACCACGAGAAUCCAGUCUUCGAUCCGGUCCCGGAUGAUGUGACAGUGACAAACGACCCAGGACAGUGCGGAGCCGCUGUGGAUUAUGUGGCCAAUGCAGCCGACAACUGUCCAGGAGUUCAGGUAGUUUGUUCGCAAGAAUCCGGCACCACGUUCUCGGUCGGUACCACCACAGUGACAUGCAACGCCACGGAUGCUUCUGGCAACAAGGCCUCGUCGGAAUCUUUCGUCGUUCCUCGGCCGUUCUCGACAAUCAUUUCCAAUGUACCAGUGGCUGUAGCAGUGUAG